AUGGCUCCAACCGGCUCCUCCCAGAAGUCCUCAGCGACCGUGUGGGGAGCUACAAAGCGCUGUGUUGUACCUGCCGGAGAUGCCAUGGCUGGCCACAUUGCCCAUCUGAAGGACAUGGGUUUCUGUGAGUCCCAAGCCAGGAAGGCACUUGCAGAAUGUGUGUGGGAUGUGAACAGGGCCAUCGACCUCCUCGUGUCACGAGGGGCCGCAGCAUUGGCAAAGCCCGCGCUUCCCAAGGGAGGGGCGAAGGAGAGCAGUGGAAGCAGUGACCACACCGAAGUUGUGUCCAACAAGGGCAUAGACUUGGACAACUCUAGCACUGCUUCCGGGGUCUCAACGCCGAGAUGCUGCGCGAGCUCAGUCGCGCCGGAAUCUGGUCACGGGGAGCUGAAAGACGAUGAAGAAAGGAACAAGAGGUCAAUUCGACGAGUUUGUAGAAAAGUGACGUCGCAAGACGCCCAGCAGCUCAGUGCCGAUCCCGGGGAGUUCGUUCGUGUCUGGCCCUUCUAUGAGACGGAGCUGGGAUGGAUCUAUGCCGAGGAUCCUACGGAUGCGUCUAGGGCCGGGUGGGUGCCAACUGCGAUCCUCGAGAGCAUCGAAGCUGGCCAUGAGUGGGUCUAUGUACAGAAGGCGAUGCCUGCCCUUCACGCGAACCAGCUGGGGGUCGAAGAGGGCGAGAUCCUGAAGAUCAACCUCGCUUCUCGCACGCCUGAGGGAUGGGUUUAUGCACAGAAGGAGAAGACAGAGGUGAAGGCGAUUCUGCCGGGCACCUGGCUGAAGCUGCAGGACUGGACACAUUUGAUCCUGGUGGUUGGGACGAUCGCUUGCACCAUCCAGAUGCUGAUAUCCAUCGUGACCAUGGUCAACAGGGAAUGCCAAGAAUACACUCUCUGUGCCAAAGAAGUCCUGUCACUGGUCUUCAUUUCCCCUUGCAUAUGGUACAUCUUGAGCGUGAUCAGCCAGUAUGACGACCGCCUCCAAGCGAAACAGCGGGCUGCAAAGCUGGAGAAGGAAAACCUCGCGAAGUCAUACAAUGAUUUGCUCUCUGACAUGGACGGGCUGCUGUCCAAGUCUGCAGAGUCCUCUGCGGGGCUCGCCGAGCGGACCUUCGAGUCCAAGCGUCGGGACUUCCAGCGCUUCCUCGAGCGCGUGAAGGACAAGUACAAGAUCUCGUCCAGCAGCAAGGACGGUGAACAGGUUCUUCGACAGUUCAAGCGCUUCUGCCAGAACUGGUUGAAGGUCUUCCAGGAGUGCUCCAUUGAUCCGAUCAAUCACCCAAAGAAGGUCGUCGACGAAAAGGACUUGGAGCACUGCACUUCCAUCCCCCAGGUAGCCGACCUUUGCUUAGACAGGCUGAAGAAAACGGAGGUACGUUUCAUCAGCACCCAGCGAGACCAGGAUGCGCAGCUGCUGAGAAAGAACAAAAAUGACCUCCGACGCAUGACGCAGAGCGAAGCGCGGCAUACGCAGCUGCUCGAGCUGCCAGCGCCCAGCAGCUCCGCGAGCCUCGGGACCUCCCGAGGUACUCGCAAGGGUCGCCUGUCGUGGCUGCAGCUGGGUGGGCCGCGACAGUUUUACAUCAAAAGCAGCCAGACAAAGGACUCCUACCCAAAGGAGAUCCGAUGUUUCUGCGGCCAUUUGAUAAUUCUCUCCUUCGAGCAUGCCAAGCUUUUGAUUGGCAUCUUCGCGGGAUUGAUGCUGAUAGUGUACGAUGUCUAUGUCAUGGCGACCAAAGACGGGUUCGGAUCGUCCAUGUUCUUGAGCGUUCUGGACCUUCUAGUCGUAGAGGUUUGCUUGCUGGUGAUGCUUUGCCGCUUCGAGGAGCUGGACAUUAUCCAGCAGCUCGAGCGUGAAGUCAAGGAGCUUGCCCGGCAAAACGAGCAAGUUGAGAAGCAGCGGGAGAAGAUGACGGAGUUCUGGAGUAACGCCCAGCAGCUCACCGAGCUUUGGCUGUACCGGACGGUACCCAGGCUUGAUCUCUACAAGGAAGUCCACAACCAGCUCGAGGAUUCCAGCAGCGAGGACCUCUUGCACCACAUGGCGGGUGCGAACCAGCAGUUGGAG